AUGGAGUUAAAUGAAAAGAGCGAUGAGGAACUCAAAAAGAUAAUGAUAUCGUUGUGUAUCAUUUGGGAUACUGACAUGAAGAAUCCAAAGCAACUAUCAAGAUUAGAGAUGAUCGAUAGAAUUGAGGAGAGGCAGAACGAAAUUGCAUAUUAUCAAGAAGACUUGGAGAAUGAUACACUUUCAAACUAUUCUCAAAUGGUUGGUAUUAGACUACCUGUGUUGGUGAUCAUCGAUAUCGUUAGAUAUGCAUGGGAGAUGGAUACAAUGAAUGGUAGAUACAAGUAUAGGGUGUGUGGACCAUAUGAUAAGGAUGUACUUGUUGGACGAUACAAAUGGGCACUGUCACUUGGAUUGGUAUGCAAACGAUUCUUUAAUCUUGUUAGAUCAUCAUUGUUUAAACGUGUCAAUCUCUAUAGCUUCUCUAUCGGAACUCAUGAUGGACCUUAUGACGACCGCAAAGCCAGAUCACAUGCAGACGAUGCAUCACGACAUAUUAACAAUAUUGCAUGUGCAAUGAAACAACCUACCCACCUUUCGUUACAAUGUACAUUGUUGAUUGGUAUUGCAUUGAAACCAUCUAUCGGUGCAGUGAUUUUUCUUCAAGGUAUUACAAAGUUAAGAUUGGUUGGUCGGACAUUAUCUUACAAUAAUCUACUUCAAAGUGCACUUGGCGUGAUGGUUAAUCUCGAGUCACUUGUACUCUAUAAUACCGAAGAUAUUCUUUCAGGAGUAUACCAACCAUCACUCAAACACUUGUCGUUCUUGGAUCAUCUAAAAGAGGGUGGUCCAAUGGUCGUACUAGAUGAGUUUACCAAUCCCAUUCAAACACUUGGAUUGCCAGGAAAACACAACCUACCAAUCCAACUACCCAUCAACAUCGCAUCACAAAUCAAAAAGCUCCGUAUUCCCAGUCACAAUAUUCCACCAGACUUUGCAUCCAACUAUACAUCACUUUGGAAACUACAUCUGACCAACAUAGGAUAUUACGGCACUAAAAAUAUACUAUCAACAACUAUGGAUAAUAUCACAUAUCUAGCAGCUGAAAUCACCAAUCCCAUACACAGAAAAGAAUAUUUUGAAGAAAUCAUUCCACACCUCCCAUCACUCACAAUAUUGGAAGAUUAUAGACAUAAUUAUUGUAAAGAUGAAUGUCACAUAUUUUGUAAUAAUUUAUUAAAAUUAAAUAAUAAUAAUCAAAAUAAUAAUAAUAAUAAUAAUGAUGGAAUGGUAAACGGAAUCAAAACAAUAAUAUUACGUUCUCCAUUCUUUAAUCGUAACAACUUCAAACACAGUCUCGCUCGUGCAGGUCUGUCGAACUACAAAGCUACUGGCCAACGAUUCAUCAAACACGAAUUCUCUUUUGAUAUCAAAAUUGUCUUUUCUUACACUCGUAAGCUCCCUAUGGUAACUGGACAGUCGAAAAAAAUAAAAUUUAUUUUCACAAAAGACUCAAAGGUCCUUGAUCAAUAA